AUGGGUGGUGUGUUUGAUAAAAUGGGCAAAUACUCGAAAGCACUUGAGUUUCUCGAAAAAGCACUUGAAAUGCGUCAAAGAACACUACCCCAAAAUCAUCCUGAUUUGGCUCAAUCCUUUAACAAUAUUGGCGGACUGUAUCACAAUAUGGGCGAGUACUCAAAAGCGAUCGCGUCUCAUCAAACAGUACUUGAAAUCAAUGAAAAAACACUUCUGUCAAAUCAUCCAUCAUUGGCUAUUUCUUAUAACAAUAUGGGUACAGUGUAUUAUGAGAUGAAAGAAUAUAAGAAAGCAGUUGGGUACUACGGGCAAGCAUGCAAAAUCUACCAACAGGUAUCUCCUCCAGAUCAUCCCUUUCUGACAACUUCGUAUAGCAAUAUUGGUUCGGCGCUUGAUUGCAUGGGUAUGUACUCACAAGCAAUUUCGUUCCACGAAAAAGCUCUUGCAAUUGAUCAAAAAGCACUCCCUCCAUAUCAUCCAUCGUUGGCUGCGAACUAUAACAGCAUCAGUGCAGUAUAUUCUAGCAUGGGAAAGUACUCAAAAGCACUUUUUUAUUCGGAAAAAGCACUUGAAAUGUAUCAAAAAGAACUCUCUCCAAAUCAUCCACUACUGGUUACUGCCUACAACCACAUUGGUUUCAUCUAUAAUAAAAUGGGUGAAUACUCGAAAUCACUUUCGUUUUAUGCGCGUGGUAUUGAAGUUGCACAACAUUCACUACCAUCACAUCAUCAUAAUCUCCAAAAUCUGCAAGAAAACAUUUAUUCAGUGAAAAAUAAACUUUGA